AGAAAACUGAAAACUACUAUUUCUUCUCAUUAAGUAAAGGUGAGCGCAUUCUCCAUAGGAACAGAGAGGAAGCAGCAGCCCUGGAAGUGAAAAGUCAGCUGAGGGACCCUUAUGAUUUACUACUGCAAAGUCGUCUCUGUUUGGGAAAACAUAGACUUGGACUUCCACGAAACGAGUUCCGGCCUUAUGUCAAUCCGCUAAAGACCUGGUCCUUGGGCACAAAGGACCUGUUCUCUGGAUGUCAGCUGAGUUACUAAGGUGACUCUGCACGCCAGGAGAGAGACCUUGGUAGAAAGAACCUCAAGGCUCUUGGAGACCCCCAUCUCUCCUUUUUUUCUGUGUGUGUGGGUCUUCACUGAACAUUCAAACCUGUUUCUCCAACGGGUUUUGCAAAAACUCAGACUGUUUUCCAAAGCAGAAGCGCUGGCGUCCACAGCAGAAGUGAUGGGCAGCGUACGUACCAACCGCUACAGCAUCGUCUCUUCGGAGGAGGAUGGCAUGAAGCUGGCCACCCUGGCGGUGGCCAAUGGCUUUGGGAACGGGAAGAGUAAAGUCCACACUCGCCAGCAGUGCCGGAGCCGCUUUGUGAAGAAGGACGGCCACUGCAACGUGCAGUUCAUCAACGUGGGCGAGAAGGGCCAGCGGUACCUGGCGGACAUCUUCACCACGUGUGUGGACAUCCGCUGGCGGUGGAUGCUGGUUAUCUUCUGCCUGGCUUUCGUUCUCUCCUGGCUGUUUUUCGGCUGCGUGUUUUGGUUGAUAGCGCUGCUCCACGGGGACCUGGACGCGUCCAAGGAGAGCAAAGCGUGCGUGUCCGAGGUCAACAGCUUCACGGCCGCUUUCCUCUUCUCCAUCGAGACGCAGACCACCAUAGGCUACGGCUUCCGCUGCGUCACAGACGAGUGCCCCGUGGCCGUUUUCAUGGUGGUCUUCCAGUCCAUCGUGGGCUGCAUCAUCGACGCCUUUAUCAUCGGCGCGGUCAUGGCCAAGAUGGCCAAGCCCAAGAAGAGAAACGAGACCCUGGUCUUCAGCCACAAUGCCGUGAUCGCCAUGAGGGAUGGCAAGCUCUGUCUGAUGUGGCGGGUGGGCAACCUUCGGAAAAGCCACCUGGUGGAAGCUCACGUGCGAGCACAGCUCCUCAAAUCCAGGAUUACUUCCGAAGGGGAGUACAUCCCCCUGGAUCAGAUAGACAUCAACGUCGGCUUUGACAGCGGCAUUGACCGCAUAUUUCUGGUGUCCCCCAUCACCAUCGUCCACGAGAUAGACGAGGACAGCCCUUUAUACGAUUUGAGCAAACAGGACAUCGACAACGCGGACUUCGAAAUCGUGGUGAUCCUCGAAGGCAUGGUGGAGGCCACGGCCAUGACCACGCAGUGCCGGAGCUCGUACCUGGCCAACGAAAUCCUCUGGGGCCACCGCUACGAGCCCGUCCUCUUCGAGGAGAAGCACUACUACAAAGUGGACUAUUCGAGGUUCCACAAGACUUACGAAGUACCCAACACUCCCCUUUGUAGCGCCAGGGACUUAGCGGAGAAGAAGUACAUCCUCUCCAACGCUAACUCCUUUUGCUAUGAAAAUGAGGUUGCCCUCACAAGCAAAGAGGAAGAAGACAGUGAAAACGGGGUCCCAGAGAGCACGAGUACGGACACGCCCCCUGACAUAGACCUUCACAACCAGGAGGAAGAAGACAGGGGAAGAAAAACUCACACACACACACGAUAUAAACAUCUUUUCUUUCGUUCGAGGUGGUGCUAGCCAGGUGAACGCAUACGACGUGGAGAGACGGUGAUGUGCCCUUAGAUUUUUUUCUGGGUUUUUCCAUUUUUUGCACAUUCCAAAAUUUAUUCCAGAAGACAAGACCUAGGUUGAAAUGAGUCGGCAUCCUUGACGCUGAGCCAUCCAACUUGAAAGAUCAAUACGUUUAUACCCCUGCGGCUGAAUUCCUUGCCCUGACAGCUGGUACAUCUGCAGCUUGACUUCACCUUCCAAAAGAUGCCAUGCCUGGCCUCUAGGCUGGCUCUUACGAUCAGGCUGUCUGGACUGAGUCCUACAGCAUCCAAGGGGGCUGUGAAUGCCCAAGUGGGAAGGUGGGAAGAUGCAGAAGAGCCAUUUUGAUGUAGCUCAUCAGCUCAAGUAUUCAGGAGGGAGGGGAACAUUGCUUUCUUUCUUUUUUUUUUUUUUUCUAAUGGUACAGAGUAGGAAUGAAAAUGUCUCGGUAAUUUAGGGUCAACAAGAGCCAUAAAAAUUCUAACAGAGUCACAAGUAAAGGAGAUAAUGAUCUAAAAGGGUCCUUUCCCCUUGAUGGAUGCACACUCAUCGUUGAAUCUGAGCUGAUCCCUUUUGCCCGUGGAGCCCUAGAGCAGGCUACUUAGGGCACAUUGUUUUCCAGAAGCCUCUCCUGCCUGGCUGCCUGACUUGCUAGAAACAUUUUGUUUUGUUUUCUGCUCUAGCUCAACAUAAUGGAACUCUCUUUUGGUUUAAAGUUCCUUAUUUGUGAAUUCUGGGGUUGCUGACUUUUCAUUUUAAUUGGCAUCUCAAAAUCAACUCUCUUACGGUAUUAUAUCCCUGUAUGCCAUUAAAAAACAGCUUGUUCUAGAAUAUCCUGUAUUUUGUAAACUGUUGUCUGUGAUGGUCUCUGGUUCUUGAACAGCCAUAUAUCUGAAUGCGGUGCCUGCAAUAAUCGGACAGUCUCUGCUGUUCUCAGCCUUCAGAGUCGAUGGGUUUGAACACUGUGGAGUUACUUUUACUGAAACCAAGUUAGAGAUAUCGAGCAAGUGGAUGUUAUUUUAAGUCCAAACUUAAAGGCAGAUUAGGGAGGUUGUUUAGAGAGUUGGAGGGAUUGCGUGGGCACAGAAUUUACCUUCUUCUGUAAACGGCAAAUGUUCGGCCAUUGACAGAGGAUGUUGACGGUUUCAGCUGCUGCUAUUUCGAUAUUUUUGCAAAGGAAAAUAAUCAAACCAAAGAGUAUUCAGUGGUCUGUAAAUUAAAUGAAGAUUCAGUGGAGAAUGGGGGUGACCACAGAAAAGGCACCUUCCCAUCACACAGCUCUGCCACUUAAAAGACUUGAGAUAUUUGAAAGGGGGUGGGUAGGGGUCAAGAAUGAGGGAGGGAACUCUUGCAACUUCUUUCUGAAAAAGAGAAAAAAAAUCUAAAAUUUCUGGUGCACAGGUUUGUUUGUUUUUUUUUUUUCAAGAAAAUUUUGCAGAAGCUAUGUUUUUAAAGUGUACAUUUUAUAAAGUUUAUCAGAUAUUUUCAUAUUUAAAGCCAAAUGUAAAUAGAAGUCUGUAAAGGGAAAAAAAUUGCCAUAGAAAGUAUAAUUUCAGUGCAGCAAUUUCUGAGAGCUAGUACCUAUAUGCUACCGGUUAGCAUGGUUUUAGCAAAUAUUUACCAGCCUUAUAAGGUUCGUAUUGCUAUGUUCUUCUGUUAUUUAUUUCAGCAUGGACUGUUGAUUUGAAAGCUUUUUCUAGUUAUUAGUAUUUUCACAGUUACAAGCUUUAAAUGGCAAUUAUUUUUUUUUAAUUUUUAAUU